AUGGCACGAGCAGAGUCUUCAGAGGAUGCUGCCAGCAAUGGUGCGGCGAAGGCUGCCAAUGGUGCACCCACAAACUAUGAGCUGCCCUGGGUAGAGAAAUACCGACCGGUCUUCCUCGAUGAUGUUGUCGGCAAUACAGAAACGAUCGAACGCCUCAAGAUUAUCGCCAAAGAUGGCAACAUGCCGCAUGUCAUCAUCAGUGGAAUGCCAGGUAUCGGCAAGACGACCUCCAUCCUCUGUCUGGCUCGACAACUUCUUGGAGAUGCAUAUAAGGAAGCAGUGCUCGAGCUCAAUGCAUCAGACGAGCGAGGCAUAGACGUGGUGCGGAAUAGGAUCAAGGGAUUUGCGCAGAAGAAGGUCACACUGCCAGGAGGUCGGCAGAAACUUGUCAUCCUGGACGAAGCAGACAGCAUGACUUCUGGAGCACAACAAGCUCUGAGGCGAACGAUGGAGAUCUACAGUGGUACCACUCGCUUCGCGUUCGCCUGCAAUCAAAGCAACAAGAUCAUCGAGCCACUGCAGUCAAGAUGCGCCAUUCUGCGAUACUCUCGCCUCACAGACGCGCAAGUGGUGAAGCGGAUAUACCAAAUCUGCAAAGCAGAGAACGUCGAGUACAGCGAUGAUGGCAUCGCCGCGCUUGUCUUCAGUGCUGAAGGCGACAUGCGCCAGGCUAUCAACAAUCUUCAAUCGACAUACGCUGGUUUCGGAUUCGUGAGUGGCGACAAUGUCUUCCGCGUUGUUGACAGUCCACAUCCGGUCAAAGUGCAAGCCAUGCUGAAGAGCUGCCAGGAGCAGAAGGUCGACGAAGCGUUAGACUCACUCAAAGAGCUAUGGACAUUGGGCUACUCCUCCCACGACAUCAUCACGACUAUGUUCAAGGUCACGAAGACACUUCCGACGUUGUCGGAGCAUACGAAGCUCGAAUUCAUUCGAGAAAUUGGUUUUACACAUAUGCGGAUCUUGGAGGGAGUACAGACGUAUCUGCAGCUCGCGGGAUGUGUGGCGAAGCUUUGCAAGCUGAAUAUGAAGCCGCAGCUGUUCGCGUUGCCAAAGUAG